AUGGACAUGGAUCCCUUUCCGUACAGCCUUGUGCCCCCAAGACAUAGCCAGCCAGUGACACCAGCUUUCCUGAGAAGCAUCAGUGGGCAGCCCCCCUUCCUGCCACCUCAUGUCGACUUGAUGGCUGACCUGCAGCAGACUGAGGAGCAUGAGGCUGCGGUCAGCCCACCAGCUGUCCUACCCCAGCGCUUAAGUGGACUGCUGCAUCCUCGGGCCUGGGAGGAGGACAGCGCAGUGCUCAUUGAUGUGGCCCCUGGGGCAGAAAAGGCUGACUCUUAUGGGAGCACAGCCCUGCGUGUGGCUGGUGGGCUGCAGCUGAGCCGACCCCUGAAGGAAGGCUGUGGGGAAUGGAGUCCUGCCAAGCCCAAGAUCGACUUUGUGCUUGUUUGGGAGGAAGAUCUGAGGCUGAGGUGGCAGCAGGACAGUGCCUCCCAGGACAAGCUGGACAUGCGUCGGGCCUGGCGGGAGGCCUUUCUGGAUAACCUGCGUGCAGCAGGACUGCGUGUUGACCAGCAUGACGUCCAGGAUGAGGAUAUGACAAUACACUACAUCCUCCUCAGUGCUCCCUGGGCAGUGCUCUGUUACUAUGCAGAAGACCUGCGCUUGAAGCUGCCAUUGCAGGAGUUGCCCAAUCAAGCCUCCAACUGGUCAGCUGGUCUGCUGGCCACACUGGGAAUUCCCAAUGUCCUGUAUGAGGAAGUGCCCGAUGUGCCACCUGAGUACUACUACUGCCAGUUUAGAGUGAGCAAGCUGCCCAGGUUCCUUGGAAGUGACAAUCAGGACACUUUCUUCACUAGCACUGAAAGACACCAGAUUCUGUUUGAAAUCCUGGCCAAGACCUCCUAUGGCCAUGAGAAGAGGACCCUGUUUGGAAUCGACCAGCUACUGACAGAGGGGGUCUUUCAGGCGGCAUUCCCCCUGCAUGACGGCCCCUUUGUGAUGCCCUCAGAGGAACUUCAGCCCCAGGUCCUCAACCAGCGGCAGGUCCUCCACCAGCACUGGGCCCGUUGGGGCAAGUGGAACAAGUACCAGCCCCUCGACCACGUACGCAGGUACUUCGGGGAGAAGGUGGCCUUCUACUUCGCCUGGCUCGGCUUCUACACUGGGUGGCUUCUGCCGGCAGCGACAGUGGGCUCUCUGGUGUUCAUGGUGGGCUGUUUCUUGGUGUUCUCAGACACACCCACGCAGGAGCUGUGUGGCAGCAAUGACAGCUUUUGGAUGUGCCCACUGUGCCCCGACUGCCCCUUCUGGCUGCUCUCCAGCACCUGUGUCCUGGUCCAGGCUGGCCGGCUCUUCGACCACGGCGGCACCGUCUUCUUCAGCCUCUUCAUGGCUCUCUGGGCAGUGCUGCUGCUGGAGUUCUGGAAGCGCACAAGCAUCACGCUGGCCUACCGCUGGGGCUGCUCUGACUUCGAGGACAUCGAGGAGAGGCCUCGACCCCAGUUUGCUGCAGCAGCCCCGACGACAGCUGUGAACCCCAUCACUGGCCAAGAGGAGCCCCAUUUCCCCGCACAGAGCCGUGCAAGGCGUGUGCUGGCCGGCUCAGUGAUGGUCAUGAUGAUGGUGGCUGUGGUGGUCAUGUGCCUUGUGUCCAUUAUCCUGUACCGUGCAACCAUGGCUGUCCUGGUGUCCAGGUCCAACAACACCUUCCUGGUGGCCUGGGCCUCCCGCAUCGCCAGCCUCACAGGCUCCACACUGAACCUCAUCUUCAUCCUCAUCCUCUCCAAGUUCUACGUGAGCCUGGCCCACCUCCUGACACGCUGGGAGAUGCAUCGGACACAAACCAAAUUUGAGGAUGCCUUCACCCUCAAAGUGUUCAUCUUCCAGUUCGUCAACUUCUACUCCUCGCCCAUCUACAUCGCCUUCUUCAAGGGCAGGUUUGUGGGUUACCCAGGCAACUACCACACCUUGUUUGGGGUCCGUAAUGAAGAGUGUGCAGCUGGGGGCUGCCUUGUUGAGCUGGCCCAGGAGCUCUUGGUCAUCAUGGUGGGCAAACAAAUCAUCAACAAUGUGCAAGAAGUCCUUGUUCCGAAGCUCCAAGGCUGGUGGCAGAGGUGGCGGCUCCGCUCCAAGAGGAGGGCAGGGGCGUCCGCAGAGGCUGCCCAGGCCCCCUGGGAGGCGGACUAUGCGCUGUUGCCCUGUGAAGGCCUCUUUGACGAGUACCUGGAGAUGGUACUGCAGUUUGGCUUCGUCACCAUCUUUGUGGCUGCCUGCCCUCUGGCACCUCUGUUUGCUCUGCUCAACAAUUGGGUGGAGAUCCGCCUGGAUGCACAUAAGUUUGUCUGCGAGCGCCGGCGUCCAGUGGCUGAGCGUGCCCAGGACAUUGGCAUCUGGUUCCACAUCCUGGCUGCCAUCACACACCUGGCCAUCAUCAGCAAUGCCUUCCUGCUGGCCUUUGCUUCCGACUUCCUGCCACGUGCCUACUACCAGUGGAGCCAAGCCCAAGACCUGCGGGGCUUUGUCAACUUCACGCUGGCACAUGCCCCACCCACCUUUGCUGCUGUCCACAACCGUACAUGCAGAUACCAGGCUUUCAGGGAUAGCAAUGGACACUACUCCCAGACCUACUGGAACCUCUUGGCCAUCCGCCUGGCCUUCAUCAUUGUAUUUGAGCAUGUGGUCUUCUCCAUCACUCGGCUACUCGACCUCCUGGUGCCUGACAUCCCUGAGACUGUGGAAGUCAAGGUGAAACGCGAGUACUACCUGGCCAAGCAAGCACUGGCCGAGAACGAGGUUCUCUUUGGGACACAUAACAAGGACAGCAGACCCCCAGAAAUGGGCACACACCUGAGCCCACAGGCCUAG